UGCUGGUGUCGGUGGCGCUGGGCCAUGAGACGUCUCCCAUCCACACCUCGACAUCCCAGUACAGCAUUGCUCUCUACUAGUCCAGAGGUACACCGUAGCGGUGGUCAAUUGUCCUUAAUGCAUAGGUAGGGUGCCGACUGACCAAGCCGUCUCCUUCCCCGCGCUGGUCGUGUUGAUGAAGAGACGCACCGUCGACAACCCUUUCAUCAAGACCGAGAAUCAGUCGUGGGAACUAUCAUCACCCGCCUCGCUAAACCGCUCCAUUUCUCCGCCGCUGACCAACCGGCGCCAUCGAGAGGACCGUGACAGAUGUGAAAGGCAAGGGUCGAGUUCCAAUUCCAGUCGGACCUUCACGCCUCCCAACACCACAGGAAAGUCAGACACUGCCGCGGUCGAGGCUGGCGAAAUCGAGAUUGAAGACCAUGUCUCGUUCUUCUCUUCCAAGCUUCUUGCAGCGAGACGUCCCGAACUCCAAGGUCAACCGCGGCUAUCUCACGAGCAAUGGCUGGACCUCUAUCAGCGGAACCUGACUGACCGAGGACACCACUUUGUGAUCCACCAACACGACCACCCCAUCGCAGGAACUCACUAUGAUCUCAGGCUACAAUGCAACGCGACCAGCUCGGUCAGUUUCGCCAUCAUGUACGGUCUGCCCGGAGACCCAAACAGUAAAAGGCUAAAUAGAGGCGCCACGGAGACUCGAGUUCACAAUCUAUGGAAUCACUUGAUCGAGACGGCUUCCCACGAGACGGGCACGAUGCUUCUCUGGGACACCGGCGAGUAUACCGUGAUACCAUAUGAAUCCUCUGGGUCGAGGGGCAACCGCAGCAAAACCACCACCACAGGGUCAUCCACCGACUCUGACUCGGAGGGCGACGGGGCAGCUAACGGUGGCUCAAACACCGAGUCCGAACCCGUGAAACUGCACCGCGCGUUCCAAAACCGCAAAAUCAAGCUGCGUCUGAGUGGAAUCCGCCUGCCAAAGAACUACACUAUCAGUCUCCGGUUGAAUCCAGAAGACGACCGAGUUGGUCAACCACUGCCACCAGCCUUCAAGCGACGACGGACCAAUCCUAACUUGACGGCAAAUAUCCCAGCGCCACCUCGACGCCGGCGGACUCUGACACGAGCUCAAGUGGAGACAUCGUCUGAUUCCAGCCGACCAGCGUCUCCAGAUCGGCCAGACCUCGAUUCUGCAGACGAGGUCGGGGUUCGGCAGCACCAGCAACCCAAGACGAUGACACGUCUACCACGCACCAACAGCACAGUCCUGUCACUGCACCGGCUGGCUUCACCUCCUCGACUGAGUCGGGCCAAGUCGAGUACUAUUGGAAACAGUGAAGGAAAUGGCUUACAGAACGCGAGCAGUCCCUCAACACCCACUAAACCUGAAGCAAGUCCAAAUCCAGCUCCAAGUCCUGUUGGGUUCAAAUUGCCCAAGUCAGACAAUAAUACUGCCAAUAAUGCUGGCAAUGGCAAUGGCAAUACUACGCUGGAUGAAGACGCUCAAAUCCGCCUACACAACGCCUACCCCGGCGCCACCAACAGCAUCAACAGCAUCCACCAGCGUCGCUGGUUCCUGUCUCUCGACCGCGCGGCCAGCGGGUUCCGUCCGACCAACGAGAUGGCAUUCGGUCGACGGAUUUGGGAGCGAGCGCCUGCAUCAUCGAAUCAUCCAAGGGGGAGGCACUCAAGGGCCGUCGUAGAAACAGACACAGAGACAGACACAAAACCAGCUUGUGACAAUCUGGCCGGCUUUGAACCCUUUUACGUCCUGGGCCGCGACUUUGAGACGAGCGUUCUCACGGGUCGUAAGGCGGCGGACGUGGCUAGGGAUGAAGGGUUGAUUGGGUUUAGACCGCGGGGAGGGUGGAGGGCUGUCACGGAUUGAUCUGGUUUGAUUGGGGAUAUACGGUCACGGUCUGUAUGAACCUGGUUGGGUACUUGAAGUGGUACCAUACCAUGUUAUCGUUGCCUAUCAAAGACAGCCAGACAUUUACGCAUUUGCAUCUACCGAGGUACUGAAUGUGGUGUUGGAGCGUUCAGAAACUCACAGUACUGAGUGACGAAUGAACGAGUGGAAGAGAAUACUCAAAAGAGGAAAAAAAAACCGUCUUAAUGCGAAGGUGCCGUCUCCGAGAGCGAUUUUGAUUCUUGACUUGAAAAUCAUUAUAUCAUUUUGGUUUUUUUCUUUCCCCCCCCCCCUUUAAUUCCGCCCAUCCCAUUCUAUCCUUCAAAACCCAGCACUCGUCAAGAUUCUUCUGUACCCGUACAUUCUGCCUUUACCACCUGCUUCAAGUUUUUAGAUGGAACGAAAUUCGAACGCUGUCAAAGAAAGUAGAGACAACAUCCAACGCGGCGUCUAAGCCCUCGCUAAGGUCUGUAACCAGCCGAGCUGCCACAAAAGCACUGUAUACAUACACUGGCAUGUCGUAUCGUCAAAUCAAAAUACCUUAUCUCGCAUUCAAAAUCUCACUACAUGUACCUGGCCCUAUC